AUGGAAUUGUCUCUCGUAGGCCUUCAAAAUGCUGGGAAGACCUCACUUGUUAAUGUUAUUGCUACAGGAGGCUACAGCGAGGAUAUGAUUCCAACUGUGGGUUUUAACAUGCGUAAAGUGACGAAAGGGAACGUGACCAUAAAGCUGUGGGAUUUGGGAGGCCAACGUAGAUUCCGUUCUAUGUGGGAGCGUUAUUGCCGUGGUGUCUCAGCCAUUGUAUACGUUGUUGAUGCUGCUGAUAGGGACAGCAUCCCAAUCUCCCGAAGUGAGUUGCACGAGCUUUUGAAGAAACCUUCGUUAGAAGGGAUUCCUUUACUUGUCCUAGGCAAUAAGAUCGACAAGUCGGAAGCUAUUACGAAGCAAGCACUUGUUGAUCAGCUAGAUUUAAACUCAGUCACCGGUCGGGAAGUAUGCUGUUACAUGAUAUCGUGCAAGGAAUCUGUUAACAUCGAUGUUGUCAUUGAUUGGCUCAUCAAACACUCGAAAACAGCAAAAUGA